AUGUUUCUUCGAUUUCCUCAACUUUUAUGCCUUUUUUUUUCUUCCUUCCUUCCUUCCUUCCUUCCUUCCUUCCUUCCAAUAAUUGAAAAUACCUCUAUCCCUCUAUAUCUAUCUAUCUAUCUAUCUAUCGCGUGCGUACUUGCUGUCUAUCCCUCUUCUUCUGAGAUUUUUUUUAAAAUGGCAUGUCUCCUUAAGACAAAAGAGAGACAAUUUUCUCUCUCACGUCAAAUUGCUUUCGUUGCCUUAAUCUCUCUCUCUCUCUCUCUCUCUCUCUUCUCACUCCUUUGCUAUCUCUCUAUCUCUAUUUUUUCUUUCUAUCUCUUUCUCUGUCACCUUUUCUCUCUCUCUUUCUCUUUCUGCAUAAAAGAAAGAGAAUUUCCCUCUCUCGAAAUUAAUUUGUUUUCUCAUCUCUCUCUCUCUCUUUCACUCUCUAUUUUUCUUUCGCUCUCUCUCUCUCUCUCUCUCACUCUCUCUCUCUCUCUCUCUCUCUUUGAGUUAAGAGAGAAAAUUUUCACUCUCUCCAAAUUGCUUUAUUGUCCCUUCUUUGAACUAACCUCUCCCUCCUUCCUCUCUCUCUCUCUGUCUAUCUAUCUAUCUACCUAUCUAUGUAUCUAUCUGUCUCUAUUUCUCUCUUUCUCUGACACUUAUCACUUUGAUUCUCGAAAAACGACGGAGAAGGCUUAG